ACGCAUUUUCCCUACAUCACCGCCCUUUUCUGGGCGAAAAAGAUCUAUAUCUAAAACCAUUUUGAUUUAAACGAGAGCACACGUUUUCCUGGACAGUAGGCCGCACGCGGCUUCAGAUGGUUCUAUGACAGCAAGUACUUCUCUGAUUGCCACGCCUCCAUGCAACAGGACGGUCGAAUUGUGCAACUGUCUUUAACCUCCCUCCAAGAUUGUAAAUUAUGAGUACCUACAAAGAGAUAUAUUAUGAAUUUUGACUGAGGAGUGUGCGAGAAAAAUUCAGAGCAGCAACAGUUCGAGGAAACUCGUGACAAUCAGGGAUCUAGUACCAUGAAUACGAGUACCAUGAAUAUGGAAGUGGAACUGACUGGAACAUCACCCGGGACUCUUCAAACAACUUCCCAGGAUACCUUUUCAGCUGAUCUUGCAAUGUUUGAUGAAAGUUUAUUGAGCAUGGAGAAAUUGGAUAGGACCUCACCAGAGCUCUGGCCCGAACAAAUACCUGGUGUUUCGGACUUUCUUAUGAACUCUCCGUUACCAAGUGUCAACGAUCAGCCAUGGACCAAGGAGCUAGAUAGUGAGGACAUCAACUUAUUGCAUCAGUUUGGAAGCCUGACCGCUGCAGGGCUGAUUGCUGAAGUCAAGAAGCUCCAUGACCUUGCCUAUCAACUGGGCCUGGAAGAAGCCAAGGAGAUGACACGAGGAAAAUACCUCAACAUAUUACGAAAACAGCGUUAAUUGCCACUAAUUAACAAUAUAUUUAGUACUGCCUUCUGUAAGAAUUGACCAUUAAGGGGAUAAGAGUGUUUUAAGAAAAGUAUUUGGUGUGAAAAUUGCAAAAAAUUACUGAAAAAAUUUUGUGUCUAUAGAAAUGUUAGAUUUAUCAUAUAUGUAUCUAUAUCUGUAAACUGACUUGUGAGUCAGGAAUUUCAAUUUUGUGUGUGUGUUAGAAAUGGAUUGUUUGUGUUUAUGGCAAUUAUGGAACAGUGUGAGAAGUAUGCGGGAAGAUCAAACAGAUUGGCUAUGUUUACUUUGAGAUUUUUGAAGUAUUCUUGUAAUUCCUGAGUACAAACCAUACAGUUAUGUUUGUUUUUUUUAAUCACACUGAUAUUUGACAUAUUGUUUUAUGUUUUUGAAGCUACUUACAAAAUGCCAUAAUGAUUUUCAGGUUAAAGAUUAGUAUACGGUACACACUUAAAAAAAUGUGGCGGCGGGGCUUAAGCCUUAAUUACUGUACAUGCUCUAAUAGAAAUGAAUCAAACUUGGAUAGGCGAUUUUUAUGGUUCGCCCUUCAUAUGCUUUGUCCCCACCGCACUGUAAUGCCAAUUUACUUUCAAAGGCAAGUUUUCUCGCUUCGCUCGCCUAGAUCCAAGUCAUGGCGAGGCUCGUGCCUUCGGCCCUUGUGUUCACUACAAACAUCCUUGAGUCUAUCCAAUGCAUAAUUAUCAAUUCACUUUUAUAAGACAUCACUUUUCAAGAAAGCCUCCAGAAUUCUAACUGCCUAGUUAAGGCCGGAACAGAGCAAAGUGCCGUUUAAACGACUUCCUUAGGUUGUACCGUGUACUACAUUUCAGCCGAUUUUCAACUCUGGGCUAUUUUCAGUAUCAGUGAAGACAAAAACAAAACCUAAUUAUUGUUAUGCAUUUUGAAACAGCCUGAGAUGAAGUUAGUAUGAUUUCUACUUGAAGUAUUUUUUUAAUUUUGUUUGUUUAUUUUGUGCAAUAUUUAUUUUGUAUGUUCCUUUCAUGUUGCUCUCCCAAGAGAUUGAUUUUUCAUAAAUGAAAAAAUGUUAUAAGAUUUGUAAGUGAAGAGUUUAGUAAAGUAUUA